UGCCAUUAGCUUGAUGAGCUUUAUCACUAAAGAUAAAUAAUAAUUCAGUAAAACAUAGUGCUCUCAAGCACAUCCUUUUGUGCACUACCAUUUCCCAUCUCAAUCUCUUCAUCAUGGAACUCUCUAUCUAAGCUCAUUAGUAGCUUUAAAAGGAGGCUCAACCCCAUGGGUAGUUAUCACAAGUAUCAGUCUAUCUGUGAAAGUUUUUGUGUAGGGAGAGCAGGUUAGUUAAGUUGUGCACUGAAGAAGGAGAUGGAAGUGAAGGGAUCUGUCAAAGAAACCAGAGAGACAGUGGACGUCUCCUUGAAAGAAUUGCAAUAUAGGCUUGCUGAGUUUGCCAGAGUUAGAGAUUGGGACCAGUUUCACAGCCCUAGAAAUCUUCUUCUAGCACUUGUGGGAGAAGUAGGGGAGCUUUCAGAGAUAUUUCAGUGGAAAGGAGAAGUUGAAAGAGGGCUACCCAAUUGGAGCAGUUCUGAUAAAGACCAUCUUGGAGAAGAGCUUUCAGAUGUGUUAUUGUAUUUAGUUCGCCUGGCUGACAUCUGUGCCCUGGAUCUUGGGCAGGCUGCUCUUAAAAAGCUUGCCAAGAAUGGGCAGAAGUACCCUGUGGAAAGAUGUAAUAAUCAUGCAGACCAGCAAAACAUUCAUGUGAAUGCUGAAGAUCAAUAUUCAAAUGCUUAUCAUUAGUAUGUGAGGACCAUGACCAGAAAAUUGAAUGGAGAGAAAACGACUUGUACUGUAGAUGUGGAUCAAAUAAGUCUGUGGAAGCUAGAAAAUCAAGAAAGAAUGAAUAAGAGGAUGUUCAUGUAGACAAAUAUCCCAAGCCCAAUAAUAUGUUUUGUCUGUUCUUUUGCGCAGAAAUCUUGGAGAGCUAUGUAUGUGAUCAAUUAUAAUGUCAGUUCUUUUGACACCAAUGGAAAAUAUAAAUUAUUUGC